CCAUCGAGGCAUCCGGGAGCCGCAAACUCCGCUCCCGGGGCGUCUGCACUGAGAACUUUGCCCACAAACGUCCCCAGGGGCACACGCAGGAGAGAGGUUGCACCGGGCGGCCCUGGGGUGCCCUCCGGCCGGCCUCCCCCCGCGCCCGCCGCGCCGUCUCUUGGUCGCGCUUGCUGCAGCCCUCCCGGCGCCUUUAUUUAUUUAUUUUGCACCAACAGGGUUGCUGCAGACUCAUUCUCGCCUGGUUUAAAAAGAGAGAGAGGAGGAAAAAGAGAGAGAGAGACAUGCUUCCUGGCUCUGGGCUCUCCCUGGGUCUCGGCGGCCGUGGUCGUGGCCGCAGCGGCAGCAGCAGCGGCAGGGGCGGGCGGGUGGGCAGCGGCGGGGCGUGAGGCUCCGGGGGAGGCGCGGGGGCCCGCGGGGCCGCGGGAAUGGGACAGGGGCCCCGGGCCCGCACCCGCGCAGCGCCCCGCUGGAUGCCGCCCUCCAGCCCCUCGGGAUCCAAGCAGGGAUGGCAGCAGCUGCAGCCCUGAGGCUAGCCUGGCCCCCCUGGCCACUGCUUCUGCUCCUCCUGGGGGCCAACAGCAGUGGUGGCUGCCCCACGCUAUGUGACUGCAGCUCCCAGCCCCGGGCAGUGCUCUGUGCCCACCGGCGCCUGGAGGCCGUCCCAGGGGGCCUCCCUCUGGACACUGAGCUCCUGGACCUCAGCGGGAACCGCCUGUGGGGCCUGCAGCGGGGCAUGCUGUCUCGCCUGGGCCAGCUACAGGAGCUGGACCUCAGCUACAACCAGCUGUCCACUCUUGAGCCCGGGGCCUUCCAUGGCCUGCAGAGCCUGCUCAGCCUCAAGCUGCAGGGCAACCGGCUGCGCAUCAUGGCGCCCGGGGUCUUCGCUGGCCUGUCCGCCCUCACACUGCUAGAUCUGCGCCUCAACCAGAUCGUCCUUUUCCUGGACGGGGCGUUCCGAGAGCUGGGCAGCCUCCAACAGCUGGAAGUGGGCGACAACCACCUGGUGUUUGUGGCCCCAGGAGCCUUUGCAGGACUGGCCAAACUCAGCAGCCUGACCCUCGAGCGGUGCAACCUCAGCACAGUGCCUGGCCUGGCCCUGGCACGGCUGCCUGAGCUUGUGGCCCUCCGGCUGCGAGAGCUGGACAUCUGGAGGCUGCCAUCGGGGGCCCUCCGGGGGCUGGGCCAGCUAGAGGAGCUGGAGAUCCACCACUGGCCAUCUCUGGAGGUUCUGGAGCCGGGCAGCCUGAUGGGCCUGAAUCUCAGCAUCCUGGCCAUCACCCGUUGUAAUCUGACCACAGUGCCCGUCCAGGCGCUGCACCACCUCAGCUUCCUCCGAGUGCUGGACCUGUCCCAGAACCCCAUCUCGGCCAUCCCCGCCCACAGCCUCAGUCCCUUGGUACGCCUCCAGGAGCUGCGCCUGUCAGGCGCCAGCCUCACCUCCAUCGCGGCACACGCUUUCCAUGGCUUGACAGCCUUCCACCUGCUGGACGUGGCAGACAACGCCUUGCAGACCCUGGAGGAAACGGCCUUCCCAUCCCCAGACAAGCUCGUCACGCUCAGGCUGUCUGGAAACCCCCUGACCUGUGACUGCCGCCUUCUCUGGCUGCUCCGGCUGCGCCGGCACCUAGACUUCGGCAAGUCCCCCCCGGCCUGUGCGGGGCCGCAGCACGUCCAGGGGAAGAGCCUGAGGGACUUUUCCGACAUCCUUCCCCCGGGCCACUUCACCUGCCAACCAGCCCUGAUCCGAAAGUCAGGGCCGCGGUGGGUGGCGGCCGAGGAGGGUGGUCAGGCCAUCUUCUCCUGCUCGGGCGACGGAGACCCGGCUCCCACAGUGUCCUGGCGGCGACCACAGGGGGCCUGGCUGGGGCAGGCCGGGAGAGUGAGGGUCCUGGAGGAUGGCACGCUGGAGAUCCGCUCUGUGCAGCUUCGGGACCAGGGGGCCUAUGUCUGUGUAGUAAGCAAUGUGGCUGGCAACGACUCUCUGAAGACCUGGCUAGAGGUCAUCCCUGUGGAGCCAGCCAACGGCACGCUCCUGGACCCCAACAUCACCAUGCCAGGCAUCCCUGGGCCCUUCUUCCUGGAUGGCAGGGGUGUGGCCAUGGUGCUGGCUGUUGGCUUCCUGCCCUUCCUCACCUCAGUCACCCUCUGCUUUGGCCUCAUCGCCCUCUGGAGCAAGGGCAAAGGCCGGGUCAAACAUCACGUGACCUUUGAUUUUGUAGCACCUCGGCCCUCUGGGGAUAAGAACUCUGGGGGCAACCGGGUCACUGCCAAGCUCUUCUGACCUUUCCUUCCACGCUAGGAACCCGGCCCAACCAGCUUCAGAUCUCAGGGGCAUGCAGAGUGAGUGCUGGGAGCAGAAGCUUGUCAGGCCACACAGAACUCUGGGACUCCUGCUUGCUGCCCACCAGCCUGGCCGGCUGGCCUGUGCUCGAGCAGCCCAUGAGGAUGGCGCUGUGUCUCUGCUCUGCAGGCCCAGGGAGCUCCAGACUCUGCCCUGCCUGCAAGGCUGCAGACAGAACCAGUGACCCCUCCCUCACCAGCCCCGGGUCCCAGGGGACCUCAGAUGUGGGGCGCACCGCUCGCCGACAUCCUGCUUGGCCAGAGGAGGAGAUGGGGGAGGGGGCAGGAUAUAUUCUUAUAUGCAUGAGCCCCACCAUCUGCCUGAUGUCAUGUCAUUAAACCGGUGGCAGAAAUACCUAUAACGAAAUGGGAUUUCUGGACUUUCUUGACUCCAGUUGCCCCCCUCACCUCUGUCCAACACCCCUUCUUGCUCUUCUGUCAGCUCCCUGGUUCCCACAGCUUUGCCUGACAAAAUAAGGCUGGGAGAUGGCCUAGCGAGGCAGCACACAAGACCUCUUUGGUUCUGUUUGGGGGUGAGGCCACUCCCAAGGGGUCUCCUCCUGGUGCCUCCAUGCUCAGACCCUGCAGUACAAGGUGUAACCCAGGCACCUGGUAAUGUCCUGAGGGUCUCCAAGGUGAUACCCAGAGAUACUCGGAGACCUUGUGGUGCCACGGAUCGAGCGGGGAUUGCCACAUACAAGGUGAGCACCUAAAGCCCUGUCUGGGUACCAACCCGUUUCAAUGUCAAUCUUUUUCUUCUUCAUCUGGGAUGGCUAGGAGGGGCCUCUGCAAGAAUCCAACCUGAAGGCCACAGACCCUUCCCUUUCUUCUCAUUUAUUUGCUUAGUUAGGAGGUCACACCUGACCAGCAUGCUCAGGCAUUACUCCUGGCAGUGCUUGGGGGACCAUAUGAGAUGCCAGGGAUCUGACCCCUGGGGGAUCUGAACCCUGGUCCGUUGUGCCCAGGCAGGUGCCCACUGUUCUUGAUGGCCUCUCCCCACUAUUCCUGCCUUGCAUAGCCUCCGUGCCCCAGGGGAAAAGCAAGAAGGAAACUCCCAGGAACGGAGCCAACAGAAGCCACAGCCUGCAGCCCUUAAGGCUGGAGACCCAGGCGGGCAGUGACAUGCAUGCAGGGAAGAGGGGCAGGCAGGCAGGCUGACUAGAGAGUUUCUACUCCCCUUCCUGGCUCCUUGUUGAGGCCAGCCACACCCCAGCAGAGGGCACAGUCUGACAGAGACUGCCAGCAGAGAGAGAGGAGAUGCUGAGAGCAGCAAAGAGAGGGGAAGAUGUGAGGAACUCUGGGGACAAGGAGGCAACCUCAGCUUCAUCGGCAGGGGAGGAGUGGAGGGAGAAGCAUGGAGCAGGGGAGAGGCAGAGAAAGGCACAGCCGCAUGGCCCUGAGGAGCCUCCCUGCAGCACCAGCCCAUCUUCCUCAUCUCUCCUCCACCGAGCACCCCCUCCCCCCCAGCUCAUUUGCUGCUGCCUUGCUCAGAGGGGACUCCAGUUACUGGAAGCUUCCAGUGGGAGCAAUCAGAUAUAGUGCAGGCUUUGGGCAGGAGGAAGGGGGCAGCAGAGGGGGAUGUGCAACCAGCAAUUAGGAGGAGGGCCAGAGAAUCCCAGGAACCCCCUACUGCUUACAGCUCCCCCAGAAAGGUUGAGACCCCCUAUUUCCCCUGUCUUUAGCCAGCAGUUCAUUUGGUUGGGAUUUGGGGGUCAGGUGCUAGAGGUUCUCACCCAGUUGCGGGCUCUGCAAUGCAGAAAGGGGCCUGGGCGGCGCUGCUUUGCAGCGGAAACUUCCAGCAAGCCCCCCCAGGCAGCUAACAGAUGGCGCCUUUGAGCUGAGUCCCCAGGGACAUUCGCUGUCCAACAGACACAGCGCAAGGCACAUGCCCGGGUGCACACUGACAGCAUGGCAAGAGGAUGGGACAAAGAGGGCCAGAGAUGGGUGCUGGUGGGGGAUGGGCGGGAAACAGGCCUCUCAGGUGUGAGACCCUGGGUUCCCCGGCCAAUACCAGGAAAAGAAAAGGCACAGUGAAGCCGAGACAAUGAAUGUUAAUGCUUUUAUAUGCUUUUAUUUCAGUCGAUGAACUUCAUCUAUUAUUUUCAUGUCAACAUAAAAAUUGGUAGCAAGAUG